UUGCUUUCGUAUCUCUCCUUGCUGGUCCCUUAACUAUCUGAGACACGGCAGUCCCUCCCACUUUGGCAUUCUGCGCGUCGUUCAACGUCUAGUGCCCGUGCCUCCCACAUCCAUGCGCCGACUGACGUGAUGCCAAACCAGCUGCGUCUCUUUUCCCUGCCAAAAUCUCUGGCCAACGUCUUUGGCAGUGGCUCUGUGACCCCUGCACGGUCUUCGCAACAAAUUGUUGAGGCAGAUAUUCGUCCGCAGCUAAUGGGGGAAAUCCCAAGGCCGGCCGGCAUCACCUUUGCCGGCCAGGAUGAGCUCCCCAGGCUGCCCAUCCCGUCCCUCGAGAGCACCUGUCAGAAGUACCUCGCGGCACUCAAGCCACUCCAGGAUCCCCGCGAGCACGCAGAGACCAACCUGGCCGUCUACGAAUUCCUGCAUCACGACGGGCCUCAGCUGCAGGCCAAGCUGCAGGACUACGCAAAGGACAAGAUCAGCUACAUUGAGCAGUUUUGGUACGAUUCUUAUCUCAACUUCGACAACCCUGUCGUGCUCAACCUCAACCCCUUCUUCCUGCUCGAAGAUGACCCGACGCCGGCGAGGAACAACCAGGUCACUCGCGCUGCCUCUCUCGUGGUAUCCGCUCUCGAGUUCGUUCGCGCAGUGCGGCGGGAGGAGCUGCCACCAGACAUGCUCAAGGGGAAGCCCCUCGAUAUGUAUCAGUACUCCCGCCUCUUUGGUACUGCGCGGGUGCCCAGUAGCCACGGCUGCCAGAUCGAGCAAGACCCAGACUCGAAACACAUUGUCGUCAUCUGCCAUGGGCAGUUCUACUGGUUUGAUGUGCUGGACGACAACUCGGACUUGAUCAUGACGGAGAAGGACAUCUCGAUCAAUCUGCAAACCAUCGUCAACGACGCUGCGCAGACGCCGAUUCAGGAUGCCGCCAAGGGUGCCCUAGGCGUACUAAGCACGGAGAACCGCAAGAUAUGGUCGCGCAUGCGGGACACGCUCACUAGAGAAGAAGGCUCGAACAAUGCAGACUGUCUUGGCAUAAUCGACUCGGCGCUUUUUGUGCUUUGUCUGGACUACACGGAACCCCUCACGGCUGCGGCGCUGUGCCAGAACAUGCUGUGCGGAACAAACGUCGUACAAAAAGGAGUGCAGAUCGGCACCUGCAUCAACAGAUGGUACGACAAGCUGCAGAUUAUAGUCUGCAAGAACGGCAGCGCUGGCAUCAACUUUGAGCACACGGGUGUGGAUGGUCACACUGUGCUCCGCUUCGCCAGCGACGUAUACACCGACACGAUCCUGCGCUUCGCAAGGACCAUCAAUGGGCAAGCACCGAGUCUCUGGAAGACGACCAGCCCAGAUCCGUCCAAGAGAGACCCCGAAAGCUUUGGUGAUGUCACGACAAGCCCUCACAAACUCGAGUGGGACAUGAUACCCGAGCUCAAUGUUGCCGUCCGCUUUGCAGAGACCCGCUUAGCCGACCUCAUCGGGCAAACGGAAUUCGAGUGCCUCGACUUCAGUGGCUUCGGAAAGAACUUCAUCACAUCCUCUGGCCUGUCCCCGGAUGCCUUUGUGCAGAUGGCGUUUCAGGCGGCAUACUAUGGCCUGUAUGGCCGAGUCGAAUGCACUUACGAGCCUGCCAUGACCAAGAUGUUCCUCCACGGGCGGACUGAGGCUGUCCGCAGUGUCACGGAGGAAUCUGUCGAGUUCUUGCGAACAUUCUGGGGCGAUAACCCAGAGGAGCAAAAGGUCGCAGCUCUGCGCAAAGCCUGCCAGAAGCACGUUGACAAUACGAAACAAAGCGCAAAGGCGGAGGGUUGUGACCGCCAUCUCUAUGCACUGUACAACAUUUGGCAGAAGUCGAUGGAAGAGGAUCACAGCAGUGCCAGCACCACGCCAGGGGAUGAGAGCCCACCCGGAGACACAGAGGAUGGCCUGAUCAGCUCGACAGCGUUGACUGACAACAAAGAGCCUGUCAAAGACAUGGCGGAGCGGCCACGGGCUGACAGCAACUCGUCUCGCUCACGAGAACCAGUCCUCAUGCCGCGAAUCUUCUCCGAUGGUGGUUGGGAGAAGCUCAACCAGACCAUCUUGUCCACGUCAAACUGCGGCAACCCUUCCCUCCGCCAGUUCGGAUUCGGCCCCACCUCCGGCGACGGCUUCGGCAUUGGCUACAUCAUCAAGGACGAGGGCAUCAACGUGUGCGUGUCGAGCAAGCACCGCCAGACGAAGCGCUUCCUGGACACACUCGAGAGCUACCUCCUAGAGAUCCGCCGCGUGCUGCGCGUCACAAACCGCCGGACCAUGUCCCACAGCAAGCAGAGCCGGGCCAGAGAGAUUGAUGCGCCACACAGUAGUGGUGGUGACAAAGGCCUCGACUCUAGCGUGGCAUCGCUGCCACCGCCAAGGAGUCUCAAGGCUCGCGGGAGGAUGAUCUCGUCCGGGCUCGAGAACAUCAGAGGACCAGCACGGCCGAGCCAACUGGAGGAUGAAAAGAGCUCGCCAGCAGUUGAGGACGGGCCGCCUACGAAUGAUGAUGGUCUGGGUGGUUAUGGCUUCUUUGACGCAGGCAUGCUCCUCCAAGCCCUCAAAGCCCGCGACGCAUCUGGCGCUGCCACGCCGUCUGGGACCGCCACCGACCCAGACACUGGCCUGGUUGGCCUGAGGGGCUCCCCUUCAGCCGCGCAUGCUCGGAGGAGAGGCGACAUUGGGAAGAAGCUGCGGCUCGUGGAAUAUUGAUUCUACACAGUGUCUGCAUGGAUGUGUGUCUGUGUGGACCAGCGACUUUCAGACUUCGGCCUAGUGUGAUUUUGGGGAUGUCCUUUUCUUCCCUUUUCUUUUCUUUCUUUUCAUUUCAUUUGUAUACAUUUUGUAUGAUGUCAUUGGGGACUCCAAAUCCUCGAGGAUUUAGUAUCGUUUCUGGGGGCGACGGCGUUUUGGCAUGAGUAUUCAUACCUGGUUUCUUGUCCUUUUCCGAUAGAGCAUAAGCGAGAGACUCCUUUGCAACUAUACCUCCAUGCUCGAACACACUGCCAGGUCGCACGAAGAACAAGCUUUAUUUGUCAGAUCUGCUAUUCACAAUGCUUCACAGAUCAUGAUUAACAAAGACAUGAUAUC